AUGGAGGAAGAGGGGCGUGCGCCCAAGAUCAAGAACCGCGCGCCCGCGCCGGUGCAGAUCACUGCGGAGCAGCUUCUCCGCGAAGCGCAAGAGAAUCAGGAGCGUCCUAGGCGCCAAACGGCGCGUCAUCGCAUCGAAGACUAUGAGCAACUGGAAGAGUACCGCGCGCGAAAGCGCAAGGAAUUCGAGGACAGCGUGCGCAAGCUGCGGGGCAAUAUGGUUGCCUGGAUCCGGUACGCGACAUGGGAAGCGAACCAAGGCCUGAUGGAUCGCGCUCGCUCCGUGUUUGAGCGCGCGAUCGACGUGAAUCCCCACCACGUCCCGCUGUGGCUGCGGUAUACCGAGCAGGAGCUCAAGAUGCGCAACGUCAACUUUGCGCGCAACCUGUUUGACCGUGCCGUGUCGAUCCUUCCCCGUAUUGACCAGCUGUGGUACAAGUACGUCCACGUCGAAGAGCUGCUCGGCAACGUGAGCGGCACGCGUGAAAUCUUUGAGCGCUGGAUGAGCUGGGAGCCGGACGAGCGCGCGUGGAACGCGUACAUUGCCUUCGAGGUACGCUACAAGGAGAUGGACCGCGCGAGCGCCGUCUGGGAGCGCGCCGUGACCUGCCACCCCGAGCCGAAGCAGUGGAUCCGCUGGGCGAAGUACGAGGAGGACCGCGACGACCUCGACAAAGCGCGCAAUGUGUUUCACAUGGCGCUCGACUUUUUCGGCGAGGACGAGGCGGCGCUCGAGCGUGCGCAGACCGUCUUUACGGCGUUUGCCAAGAUGGAGACGCGCCAGGCCGAGUACGAUCGUGCGCGGAUGAUUUACAAGUAUGCGCUCGAGCGGCUGCCCCGUGCCAAGAGCGAAGGUAUUUAUGCAAGCUACACGCGCUUCGAGAAGCAGUUUGGCAACAUCAAGGGCGUCGAAGAUACCGUUACGCAAAAACGACGACUGCAGUACGAAGAAGAAGUCCAGUCGGGCUUGGCCACCAACUACGACACGUGGUUCGACUAUACGCGCCUCGAAGAGGAGUCCUAUCGCACGCUCCUCGAAGAAGGCGCGCCCGAGUCCAUGCUCGAGUCGUCGCGCGAGAAAGUGCGCGAAGUAUACGAGCGUGCGAUCGCCGAGGUGCCACCUGCGAACGAAAAGCGCCUGUGGCGGCGGUACAUUUACCUGUGGCUGCGCUAUGCGCUCUUUGAGGAGGCGGACGUCGGCGACAUCGAGCGCGCCAAGAAGGUGUACGCGGCAGCGGUCGCCGCGGUGCCCCACCGCGAGUUUACCUUUGCAAAGCUCUGGCUGGCGUAUGCCUACUUCGAGGUGCGCCGCAUGGACCUCGCGCUCGCGCGCAAGAUCCUCGGCACGGCGAUCGGCCUUGCGCCGAAGCAGAAGCUCUUUGCGGGCUAUAUCCAGCUGGAACUGGAGCUCAAAGAGUUUGACCGCGUGCGCAAGCUGUACGAGAAGGCGCUCGAGUGGGACCCCUCGAGCUCCAGCACGUGGGUGCGCUUUGCGGAGCUCGAGCAGAACCUCUACGAUUUGGAGCGUGCGCGCGGCAUCUACGAGCUCGCCAUCGCCCAGGCCGAGUCGGAGCUGGGUGGCCUGGACAUGCCGGAAGUGGUGUGGAAGGCGUACAUCGACUUUGAGUUUAGCGAGCGCGAGAUGGAGCGUGUCGACGCGCUGUACGAGCGCCUGCUGGACAAGACGGGGCACGUCAAGGUGUGGAUCAGCUACGCGCUCGGCAAGAUGGCGGCCGCGAUUGCCGCCGAGGAAGACGAGGACGCAGACGCAGAAGAAGAGGUCGAGGCGCAAGGCGAGACCUACGCCGUCUCGCCCGAGCAGCAGGCCGAGCGCGCUGCGCGCCGCGAGCAGGCCGCCAAAGAGACGCGCGCCGUCUUUGCGCGCGGCUACGAGAGCCUGCGCGACCAGGGCCUGAAAGACGAGCGUGUGGUCCUUCUCGAGGCGUGGAAAGCGUUCGAGGUCGAGCACGGCGACGAGGAGCGCGUCCAAGCCGUCCAAGAAAAGAUGCCGCGCGUCCUCAAGAAGCGCCGCGAGAUCCCCGGCGGCGACGGCGCGAUGGAAGAGUAUUACGAUAUGGUGUUCCCCGACGAAGAGGCCAAGAACAAGCCCGCGAUGAAGCUCCUCCAGAUGGCGCACGCGUGGCGCGCCCAGCAGGCGUCGUAA